GCCCUUGUGGGAUUUGAUGACACUUUAUUUUUAUUAAGGGAAAGCUUGAUGAAAAUCCCCAAAGCUGUAUACAUCAACCUUUGAAACCGCAGAUUCCCAUACCCAGCUGCUCACUUGUCAAAGAGGAAAGGUCGGCCGUUCCUUUUGCGCGACUCCGAUACAUUCACAAGUAUGCCACCCAGAUUAAAUAUUCCUCCGGUUACGAGGAUACUGCUCAUCGCAUUACUAUCGGAAUCCAUUCUGAGUGCCGCAAUUCGAUACAAACAAUGGAAUGAGGAAACCGCCGCAGAGCUUCACGUAGUAGUGCCAUACCUGUCGCUCGUCCCCCAGCUAUCCUUUGUAUAUCCCUGGACGUUCCUGACGACGACAUUGGUGGAAAAUAAUGUGUUUACGCUGGCCAUCGCUGGAGUCACUUUGUUUUAUGGAGGAAGAUACCUGGAGCGAGCGUGGACGUCGAGGGAAUUCGCAAAGUUCAUCGUGGUCGCAUCACUCAUUCCUAACCUUUUGACCUUUGGGACGUUGGUUUUCUUCUUUGCUAUGACGGGCGAUGUGAGCUGGACUCUUAGCUCAAUAAAUGGAACCAUUCCCCUCCAAAUAUCCUUCUUAAUUGCCUUUUCUCAACUCGUACCAACCCACACCGUCACCCUCUUCAAAGGCAUCCUCUCUCUCCGCGUCCCCCGCUUCCCCGCCCUCCACCUCCUCACCAUCAUCACCCUCUCCGCCAUCCAACUCCUCAGCAUCUCCUCCCUCUUCCUCGUCUCCUACGCCUUCCUCAUCUCCUACACCUACCUCCGAUUCUACAAAUCCGCCUUCCCAGACCUCGACUCCAACCAAUCCCCCACUCUCCGCGGCGACGCAUCAGAAUCCUUCGCCUUCGCAGAGUUUUUCCCCGGUCCCCUCAAACCCCUCAUCGCUUCCCUCGCAGACGCAAUCUUCAAUACUCUCGUCGCCCUCAAACUCUGCACUCCCUUCUCCGCAGCUGACGUCUCGGCCAGCAGAGGCGAAUCCUCAUAUAUUCAACAACGAACCGCCCCCGGCGGCGCAAGAGCAGAAGCAGAAAGAAGAAGAGCCCUAGCUCUCAAAGCUCUAGAUCAGAGAUUACACGCGGCGAGUAGUAAGAAUGUACCGCCUCCUGCACCCUCGGGUCCAAGUAUCGCGACGCAACCACAGCCUGGGACGCAAACGGCAAUGACGAGUCAACCGGGGGGAUUGUUGGGAGAAACGAAUUAUGUGCCUGAAGGACAUGAGGAAAAGGGGGGUUCAUGAUGAAGUUGGGAAUGAGAGAUGAGAUGGGAGUUUUAAUGGGUAUGAAUAAUGAGAAAAAGAAUUUUCAAUGCAGUUAUUCAUCUUUGCGGAUGAAAUUGUCUCGGACAUGGAUAGAUGGAUGGAAUUAUCUCGAGCGUGGAUAGAUGAAUGGAUACUAGGACUCUGCAUAUUGAUUUGGGAAUCAGAUAUCAGUUCAUGCAUUUGUUUAUUUGGGGGAUACUUCUUUACUUUGUCUUUGUUUCAUGAUUGUCAUGUUGCAUUCAUUAUAUUGGGUUGUAUGACAUUGUAUUGUAUUGUAUCGUAUCCUGUUGGACUCUAUUGUAUUUGUAUUCUUAGUCUCUCUCUCGCUCUCGGUUCUAAACCCGAAUGUUCGGAAUUGUUGUAGUUAUCGAUCGAUCGAUUUAUGAUACCCAUCUAUUAUACUAUAUUAUAUCCA